UCUGGUAUUUUUAUUUCUAUAUAUAUAACGACAAUGGAGAAAAUGUCUUUGAAAGAUAUUGGUCUUAUGUAUGAUGAGCAGUUCAAUAAAAAGAUGAAGAUAGCAAAGUUUCUAUUGAAGAAUUUGGCAGACAAGAAGGAAAUGCAACUGGCUAACAAGUGGUUAGUUCGAGUGAGCAGCAUCAAAUCACCAGUACUAGAAGUUAAGAAGAACCGCAAUGCCUUUUUAUCCUAUGUAGUAAAGGUACUAAGGGAUGGUGUUUUGAGAGGAUGCUUAGAAUCAGAGCCUGAUGCAGUUUGUGACCCAGAAAACAGCCUAGCCUUUUUGGAUUAUGUGGAUGAAUUUUCUGGAAUGUCAGCAGAGGAGAUUCUGAAGGAGACUGUAAAUCAACCUAAGAUCCAGUUUCAUUCCAAAUGGUCAGAUGAUCACAGAACCUAUGUAGCUGUAAGACCUAUUCCUGGUCGAGGAGCACUGGUCUAUAUGGCAGCUUCGAAGAAACCAGGUCUCAAAAAUUGGGACCUACCAGCAGCAAAGAGGACUGCUGACAAUGACUAGAACAAUCACAAACUUUAUAAGUACAACAUAAAUAGGAUUGUGUAAAUUAAAUAGGAACAUUGAUGGAGACGACAAAUAAAACAACAUUAUCAACACAUUA